AGGUGUGGUGCCUCACGCUACAGACCGCUGACCCAAGGGUGCUGUGCAUGCAAAUAUGUUUACCCCAAAGGGAUCAAGAAGUGCUGUUAUGGUCGUGUUAUACCCAAACGGUCUUGGUGUAUAGGUGUACUCACUUGUGGCUGGCAUAGAUACAACCCACUCACCCAUGGUUGCUGCUCUGGUAGAAGAUAUUACAAAAGGAGCCAAAAGUGCUGUCAUGGUCUCGUCAUUCCAAGAGCUUCAACUUGUGUGCGACCACUAAAAUGUGGAAAAUAUAACUACUAUCCUUUGACCAAUGGUUGUUGUGGAGGCAAAAAAACGUUCUAUAGAAAGAGCCAAAAGUGCUGUCAUGGCCGAAUCAUCGCCAGAAAAUCCUUCUGCGUUCGACCACUGAGAUGUGGGCGAUAUAGCUACAACCCAUUAACAUAUGGAUGCUGUUUUGGUAGAAGCAUAUACUUGAGAAAGAGUCAAAAGUGCUGUCAUGGUCGCACCAUCCCUAAGACCGCCUACUGCGUUCGCUUGGUUAGCUGCGGCACAUCAUGGUACAAUCCAAUGAAUUAUGGAUGUUGCGCUGGCAAACACAGAUACUGCAAAGGAACCCACAAGUGCUGUUAUGGCCGAAUAAUUACCAAAAGAGCUACAUGCAUCCCUAAUCUAAAAUGCGGCAGGAAUACCUACAAUCCAUUGAUCUAUGGAUGCUGCGCUGGCAGGACAAGAUACUAUAGAGGAAACCGCAAGUGCUGUUAUGGGCGCGUUAUCCGCAAAAGAUCCAGGUGCAUUCGUUAUCCUAAAUGUGGGCGAUAUAGAUACAAUCCAGCCACCUAUGGAUGCUGCGCUGGCAAGACAAGAUACUAUAGAGGGAACCGCAAGUGCUGUUAUGGGCGCGUUAUCCACAAAAGAUCCAGGUGCAUUCGUUAUCCUAAAUGUGGGCGAUAUAGAUACAAUCCAGCCACCUAUGGAUGCUGCGCUGGCAAGACAAGAUACUAUAGAGGGAACCGCAAGUGCUGUUAUGGGCGCGUUAUCCACAAAAGAUCCAGGUGCAUUCGUUAUCCUAAAUGUGGGCGAUAUAGAUACAAUCCAGCCACCUAUGGAUGCUGCGCUGGCAAGACAAGAUACUAUAGAGGGAACCGCAAGUGCUGUUAUGGGCGCGUUAUCCACAAAAGAUCCAGGUGCAUCCGUUAUCCUAAAUGUGGGCGAUAUAGCUACAAUCCAGCCACCUAUGGAUGCUGCGCUGGCAAGACAAGAUACUAUAGAGGGAACCGCAAGUGCUGUUAUGGGCGCGUUAUCCACAAAAGAUCCAGGUGCAUCCGUCAUCCUAAAUGUGGGCGAUAUAGCUACAAUCCAGCCACCUAUGGAUGCUGCGCUGGCAAGACAAGAUACUAUAGAGGGAACCGCAAGUGCUGUUAUGGGCGCGUUAUCCACAAAAGAUCCAGGUGCAUCCGUCAUCCUAAAUGUGGGCGAUAUAGCUACAAUCCAGCCACCUAUGGAUGCUGCGCUGGCAAGACAAGAUACUAUAGAGGGAACCGCAAGUGCUGUUAUGGGCGCGUUAUCCACAAAAGAUCCAGGUGCAUCCGUCAUCCUAAAUGUGGGCGAUAUAGCUACAAUCCAGCCACCUAUGGAUGCUGCGCUGGCAAGACAAGAUACUAUAGAGGGAACCGCAAGUGCUGUUAUGGGCGCGUUAUCCACAAAAGAUCCAGGUGCAUCCGUCAUCCUAAAUGUGGGCGAUAUAGCUACAAUCCAGCCACCUAUGGAUGCUGCGCUGGCAAGACAAGAUACUAUAGAGGGAACCGCAAGUGCUGUUAUGGGCGCGUUAUCCACAAAAGAUCCAGGUGCAUCCGUCAUCCUAAAUGUGGGCGAUAUAGCUACAAUCCAGCCACCUAUGGAUGCUGCGCUGGCAAGACAAGAUACUAUAGAGGGAACCGCAAGUGCUGUUAUGGGCGCGUUAUCCACAAAAGAUCCAGGUGCAUCCGUCAUCCUAAAUGUGGGCGAUAUAGCUACAAUCCAGCCACCUAUGGAUGCUGCGCUGGCAAGACAAGAUACUAUAGAGGGAACCGCAAGUGCUGUUAUGGGCGCGUUAUCCACAAAAGAUCCAGGUGCAUCCGUCAUCCUAAAUGUGGGCGAUAUAGCUACAAUCCAGUCACCUAUGGAUGCUGCGCUGGCAAGACAAGAUACUAUAGAGGGAACCGCAAGUGCUGUUAUGGGCGCGUUAUCCACAAAAGAUCCAGGUGCAUCCGUUAUCUUAAAUGUGGGCGAUAUAGCUACAAUCCAGCCACGUAUGGAUGCUGCGCUGGUAAGACAAGAUACUAUAGAGGGAACCGCAAGUGCUGUCAUGGACGCGUUAUCCGCAAAAGAUCCAGGUGCAUCCGUUAUCGGAGGUGUGGGCGAUAUAGCUACAAUCCAGCCACCUAUGGGUGCUGCGCUGGUAAGACAAGAUACUAUAGAGGGAACCGCAAGUGCUGUCAU